UUUAUUCCACAACUUUCAACACAAUAUUUGCCUCGCGUGCAGGAAACACAGCGCCGAAAUUGCAGAUUACAACCAGAUUGCUUCUUGGUCGUUUUUUAUUUUUGACCACUGCUGUCACCAUGAGCUCGUGCAGCAGGAAGGCCCUGACAUUGCUGAGCAGUGUCUUUGCAAUCAGCGGCCUGGGGCUGCUGGGAGUGGCGGUCAGCACCGACUACUGGCUGUACCUGGAGGAGGGCGUCAUUAUGCCUCUGAACCAGAGCAUCCACAUCAAGACAUCACUGCACUCCGGCCUCUGGAGGGUAUGCUUCCUGGCCGGUGAGAAACGACUUUGUCUUUUGUCUCUUUCCUCUUCAGGAGAAGAGUCUGGUCGCUGCUUCACCAUCGCCUACAUCAUGCCUAUGAACGUCCAGUUGACGUCAGAGUCCACAGUAAACGUACUCAAGAUGAUCCGCUCAGCCACUCCGUUCCCUCUGGUCAGCCUCUUCUUCAUGUUCAUCGGCUUCGUCCUCAACAACAUCGGACACAUCCGGCCUCACCGCACCAUCCUGGCGUUUGUCUCUGGGAUCUUCUUCAUCCUCUCAGGUCUGGCUCUGGUGGUGGGUCUGGUGCUGUACAUCUCCAGUAUAAAUGAUGAAAUGCUGAACAGGACUAAGAGCAGUGAGGCCUAUUUUAUCUACAAGUACGGCUGGUCCUUUGCCUUCGCUGCCAUCUCUUUCCUGCUCACUAAGAGCGCAGGCGUCAUGUCAGUCUACCUGUUCAUGAAGCGCUACAGAGCCGAGGAGAUCUACCAGCCUCGCCACCCCAGUUUCUACCGCCCCCGUCUCAGUAACUGCUCCGACCACUCGGGCCAGUUCCUCCACCCAGUGGCCUGGUCGCGUGGGCGGAGUCCCUCCGACAUCUCGAGUGAAGCUUCACUCCAGAUGAGCGCCAGCUACCCGGCUCUCCUCAAAUGCCCAGACUAUGAUCAUGUCUCGUCUUCGCCCUGCUGAGGGGUCGGUCACCACAGCAGAGGCUAAAGGGUCACUGGAGGAUCACAUGGGGUCACAAGGCCUCGUUAGUUAAAAAAAAUAUAUGUGCAGCUUUGACUGUGACCUAAGGACUUAGGAAAUAUUUCCAUCUGAGCCGCUUGUGGCUUUUUAAAGGGUCAGGAAUGCUAAAUGGGAUUCUGUUGUCGUAGCAGCGCCUAUAUUUCUUUUCUAGAUGGAGGCAAAGGCUAAAGAUUUACAGAAACAAUCUUCUGUAUAUUGAUUUGUAUCUGUGUGUCCCUACAGUGCCUCUGAGUUGUUUUCCUUUUGUGAAUAUCUCUGCCUCAUCAUUUUACAAUGAAUACAUACUCCUUAUGCUUUAGGACCUUUUUGUUCUGUGGCAGUAUUUGUGUAUCAUUUCACAUAUAGCAAAUAUACCCAAAAAAGCAAACAUUUGGCAAACCUUAUCCUUUCUUCCAAAGGCAAAGACUGUCAUGUGUAAUGCAAUGAAAGCACAAUCCAUAACCACAACAACUAUCAGAUAGCAGGUAACGGGCCUGGAAGGAAGAAGGCUCAAGAAGUCUUCUCAACAGGUAUCCAGCCUGAAGAGUCGUUGGGUUUGCUCGUUGCUUUGUAUUUUAUCUAAAGACGCUGUUUUGUCCCUAACAUCUUGGCAUCAUAAUGAUAAUUCUCCCGUGUAAUCAAACGAGGAGAGAGACCCAGGUGUGUGAAUACGUCCCGACUGAACCAGCUAAAAUCAUACAGAUUUGUUUUAUAUAGAUUUUUAUAUACAAUGUGCAGCAGUUGGACUUCAUAUGAAUAAAUGGUAGCAGUUGAUGUUAAGGUGAGUCUGUAUAUUAAGUGGUGUUGAUUUGGCGACACUGCUUUACCAUGUAAAAUGUUUGGUACAGUGUUCAGGAGAACUCAUCUGUAAAACAAAUAAAAAUGGUGGUUCUAAACACUUUAUAAUAUUCCACAGUAUAUACUGUCACACAGAUUUCUAAUGUAUGUAUUCAAUACUUUUACUUUUAUAUCUUUAGUCGAUCCAGUGAUGCGUUGAGUUGCUCGUAGUGGUCAA